AUGGAAAAGCUUUUGCAGAUAGGGAAAGAAUUCGGACUGGAGGGAGAAAAGCUGCUUGAGUUCGUACAAAAACAACAAAAGUUAGAAGAGGAAAAAGAAGAAAAACGUCGAAAACUUGAGGAGGAAAGAAGGAGAGAAGAGGAAGAGAAAGAAGAAAAACGUAGACAACUAGAAGAGGAAAAAGAAGAAAAGCGUAGACAAUUGGAAGAGGAAAAAGAAGAAAAGCGUAGGCAGUUAGAAGAAGAAAAGGAAGAGAGACGUCGAAUACUUGAAGAAGACAGAAGAAAGGAAGAAGAAGAGAAAGACGAAAGGCGUAGGAGAGAAGACAAAGAAAGAGAAACUAGGCGGCAAGAACGCGAUCUGAGAAAAUUAGAGCAGGAAGCGGAACUGUUAAAGCAAAAAGAAGCUAUUGAAGCGGCUAAGAGAGAGCACGAACUAGAGCUUGCUCGUCUAGGACAAGGCCGUAACGAUACCGAAGCUGAUGUGAGAGAGGAUAGGGCCAAGGCUCCAAAGCUUCCCUCAUUUGUUGAUGGCAAGGACGACUUGGAUGCUUACCUGCAACGAUUUGAGAGGUUCGCAACUACAGCUAAAUGGGAGAAGACAGGAUGGGCUUCGAAACUUAGUGCUCUUUUGUCUGGACGUGCUCUAGAGGUUUAUUCACGAUUAUCUGAGGAGGCAGCCCAAGAUUAUGAUCGAGUAAAGUUAGCUUUGAUGAAGAGAUAUGACCUUACAGAGGAUGGCUAUUGUCGUAAAUUUAGAGCAUCAAAGCCGGAAGUUGACGAGAGUCCUGAACAGUUUAAAGUGAGACUCGAUAGAUACUUGUUACGUUGGUUAGAGCUGUCGAACACUGAUCGUUCUUUUGAAGGCCUGAAAGAUUUAAUUGCGAAAGAACAGUUUAUUGACUCUUGUCCAAAAUAGUUAGCUAUUCACCUUCAUGAAAGAGCCCCGGAAACGCUUGUUCAGAUAGCGAAGGUUGCCGAUCAAUACUUGGAAGCACACGGAAAGCAUCUGUUUAGCUCUACGAGCAAGAAGCUACAAGUACAGCCCAAGGUGGACGAAACAAAGAAUCAGCAGAAUGACUCAACGACAGUAGUGUGUUUCAAGUGUAAUGCCUGCGGACACAAAGCUCUUUAA